CACUGCCUUGUAGAAAUGGCGGAAUGUGCGUAGUAGGUAGAACUGGUGCUCAAUGUAUGUGCCGUCCCCCUUAUGAGGGAACAUAUUGCGAAAGAGAUCCAUGCGCAGGACUGCCUUGUAGAAAUGGCGGAAUGUGCGUUGUCGGUAGAAAUGGUGCCCAAUGUGUAUGUCAUUACCCAUAUGAAGGAAAAUAUUGUGAAAUCAGGAAGUUACCAAUGGAAACGAGAGAUAGAGGUAUGCCUAAGAUCAAAUAGUUUGACUGUAUGAAAGAUGAUUUUAAUAUUCUAAGAAUUACUAA